AACAAAAACCACACGAAAGUAACAAGAGAGAGAAUUAGGGAAAAAAAACAAAUAAAUGACUCACAUAACCCACCGUUCAACCACCUACCCUCUCUUCUAAUAUCUCCACUUCUUCUUUAUAUUUCGUUUAAAAUUAUUUAUAUCUUCCAAAAGUGUCUCCAGUCUCCACAACAUUAUACUAGUUCCUCCUCUUCAUAUUUGAAGAAAACACAAAACUAUUUGUCUGUAGAAUUCUAUAAUUUUGUGGUUAAAUGGCAAGCCAGGAAGUCGUGGUGGCCGGAGGGGAGAGAGAAGGGGCCGAGAUCGUGUACGGAGCUGAGGAGUGUUACAAGCAAUCGGUGGAGCUUCUACAGGAGCUAGGGUUCCCAAAAGGAGUGAUGCCUUUGAAGAAUCUCGUGGAGUGUGGAAGAGUUAGAUCCACGGGUUUCGUGUGGAUGAAGCAAGACACUCCUUACGAGCAUUUCUUCGAAGCCACCAACACUCGCGUUUCUUACGGUCUCGAGGUCACCGCCUAUGUCGACAAGUGCUGUAUGAAGAAGAUGACAGGAGUGAAGAGUAAGCAGAUGUUUUUGUGGGUACCGAUUGUUGAGAUGAGUAUGGAGGAGCCAAAGAGCAAGAAGAUUUACUUUAAGACUCCUAUGGGACUCGGCAAGUCUUUUGACGUUACCGCAUUCAUGGACGAGGAAGAGAAACGCAACUUUGACUUGGAGAAUCCCAAGAAAUGAAAUUAAAAUGAUGAAAAAUAAAAAAUAACCCCAUUUUUAAUAAUCAUUAAUAGGUUCUUCUUAUGAUUAUUAUUAUGUCUUGGGUUGCUUUUGUUUUUGUUUUCCUAUUUUUACCAUUGUAAGGUUGCUUCUACGCCAUUGCGCUGAAUUUUUAUUUCAAUAAUUAUAAAGUGAAGGAUAACUUAUAAUUGAAAUCGAUAAAGUAAAUGUUUCGAAGAUUAGAUAAUAACUCGGAACUAUUUUUUUCUGAGUGGAC